AUGAGCUCGCAGGCGUACUAUGAGCUCUACCGUGGGAGCAGCAUCGGGUUGUCCCUCACCGAUACGCUCGACGACCUGAUCAACGAAGGCCGGAUCGAACCCCAGCUGGCGAUGAAGAUUCUCUCGACGUUCGAUCGUGUCAUUACCGAGGUGCUGGCGGAUAAGGUGCAGGUUAAGCUGUCUUUCAAGGGACACCUUGAUACCUACCGAUUCUGCGAUGAAGUCUGGACAUUCCUUAUCAAGGACGUCAACUUCAAAUUGGACAACCAGAGCACCGUCUUUGCGGAUAAGGUGAAAAUCGUCAGCUGCAAUAGCAAGAGGCCUGGAGAGGUUUAA